GAAACCCAUCAUUGUUCUUCAAUUCCUCUAUUUAAAGAAACCCCCAGUCCCUCUCUCCAAUUCUUUAGCUCGAUCACUUCUCUUUCUCCGCAUCAUCGACCCCACUAAGGAAAACGAAAAGAUUGUCGCCAUUAAUUCCGUCUUAAUUAGCUUGUUGCUCGUUCGGAGGUACAAGAAUGAGUGGUGUUGGUGGGCCAUGCGGUGCAUGCAAAUUUCUGAGGAGGAAGUGCGUGAAGGGGUGCGUAUUUGCGCCGUAUUUCGAGUCCGAUCAACUGGGGACGGCCCAUUUCGCGGCGGUGCAUAAGGUGUUCGGAGCUAGCAACGCCUCCAAAAUGCUGAUGGCCAUUCCGGCCAACCGCCGCCUCGAAGCCGUCGUCACGCUGUGUUAUGAGGCUCUUGCUAGGGUUAGAGACCCCGUCUACGGCUGCGUUGGCCAAAUCUUCACUCUUCAACAACAGGUGGUUAACUUGCAAGCAGAGUUGGCUUAUGUUCAAGCGCGUCUAUCAACCCUCCAGCAUCUUCCUCUGGCAGCACCACCGCCGGGAAGUUUACCCACCGGCGGCGCCAAUGUGGAUCUCCAGUCCUCGUGCGAAGCAGGACACAGCUCCGAUGUAUCAUUAUACGUUAAUCCACCACCACCACCACCACCAUUAUCGCCGGGGCUAGACGUUACGGGAUUGUGCGACGAGUGGGAUGAAGAUGUGGCUACUUCGGAUCUUCACAUGUUAGCUUGGGAGUUUGUGUCUAGGCACUUGCCAGGAGUGCGAUUCAGGCCUUCACAAUGAAACUAACAAGCUAGAUUUGGUUCAUCUCAGGAAUCAACCUCAUAUUUUAGCUCCUAUAUCAACUAUUCUCAUGCGUUUUGCAUGCACUCUAAUUAUCUAUUAAUUAUCUCUAACUACAUCAUAUUCUCCCUGUCCCAUUUUAUUUUUGGCUUCUUGUCUUGUCCAUAAAAAGUGAAAUCCUAUCCCGAGGCGGCUAUUUUAUUCUUUA